GUGAAUGGGGAUGGCAGUCCGGCCGACAGCUCUUAACCUGAGGACUUCACAGGCGGACGCUUCCCAUGAAUGGGAGUCAGAUUCCAGCCCGGAGAGAGACGCUGUUUGUUGUCGGCUUCAGCACAGAGGAAAACAACAUUCACUUUUAAUUAGAUGAUUCUGAGCGAAUAUUUUAUGAGCGGCUCUGUUCAGAGACAAGUUUCACUGCAGCAGAGGAGCCACUUUGGAAACUGUGGGACAUGGAAAACGGCUGUGAAACUGGGAGAUCCUAACAAGGGAAACGGGUUAGAGGGGCAACACCGAGGAACCAUCUGUGGUUGGUUAACAGAAGGCUGCUGAAUCCUGCAAUGCCAGAAGAAGCCCAUGAGGACGCCAUGAGAACGCCUGCGACCCCAGAGAAGCCCGGUAACAACGAGCGCCCUGCAGCCGCUGUGACGAUGGUAAACAUCCCCCUGGUCAAUGAAGUCCAGCUGACUGCAGCCACCGGUGGGACGGAGCUGUCCUGCUAUCGCUGCACCAUCCCGUUCGGCGUGGUGGUGCUCAUCGCGGGCAUCGUGGUCACCGCCGUGGCCUACAGCUUCAACUCACAUGGAUCCACCAUCUCUUACUUUGGCCUGGUGCUCCUCUCGGCCGGACUGGCGCUCUUAGCGGCCAGCGCCGUCUGCUGGAAGGUGAGACUGGAGAGGAAGAAGGAGAGGCGACGGGAGAGUCAAACCACCCUGGUCGCGAACCAGAGGAGUAUUUUCACCUGAACUAGCAGUUUGAACAACACACAUCCUGAUUUCCGGAGUCUGAAAAGGCCUGGUCUUGACUUGGUUUGGAGCUGGAGAACCAGCUGUAAGCAGAUGUUGUGCGGCAUGCGCUGGAUUUCAGACCUGUAAAAGCUUUGACCGCAGACUCUCAAGGCCUAGAACUCGAAGCUUUGAAGACAUUGUAAGGGAUUUAUUUGUCAAACAGACGUUGAGCAUCUGGCGAGCUGGGAACGCAGCCAGGAGGAAUGUAUCACAAUUAAGAUGAAUUACCACUGUGCAAAGCGAUGUAGAGGAAGUCUCCCAUUAAUCUGCUGUUGGAUGUGGUGGCUUUGAUUGUAAUGGGAGGGAGUGUGGUUUAAAGAGCCCGUGGAAGGAGAGGGAACCUGGAAAAUCCAGGACAAUGAUUCAUGCCUCAUUUUCUGCACCUCAACCUGCACAUAGCAGUUUCUAACGUCUCAUUGUUCUCCUCACAGGGAAUGAUUAUGAACUGCCUGUUAUGGUACUUGAUGAGGAUUUUGUUUAAAAUCGGACGAUAUGUUCUGUUCAUCACAAAAGAUUGGACGGCAGAUGAUGUUACUUAAAGAGAGGGAAUGUUUAACCUUAAAUAUGUAACCACUUAAAGCACUUUGACUCUUCAUAAUCAUCAUUAUUCAGCAUUAAACAACAUCUUUUAACAAAUUCAGUAAGUGAUAAAUCCAAAUUUGGAGUUGUAUUGCUCAUUAUGGUGAAUUUGGAACGUUUACACGGUGUUGUGGCAGUGGUCUUAUUGUCCACAGUGUACUUCCACAGUGUAAAAAAUAUUACAUACAGUAUUACAUGUAUUUUGUCUUGAUGUAAUCAUUUGCAUGUAUUAACCGUUAACAGGACGUCAUGAGGUUUAAUAAACUCAUUAAUCACA